ACUAGAGUGACAACAGGAACAAUAACAACCUUACGGUACACAGUCAGCUGAGCUAAUGCUAUAACGGGGUUUGUUACACUGAACCGAAAACACAUCAGUUGCCACCAACCGGGGGAGUGAGCCAGGACGGCAGAGUGGUGUUUACCGGAGGAACCUUCCUGAAGACAAGUGUGCUGAUGAGCAAAGACGGUUCCGUCAAAUCGUGGCCAUGUUCAUACUUCCUAACCAAUGAAAAGAGAUGGAUUUCUGGCAGACUAUCUCUGACACCGAAACACUUACGGUUUACUGCUGACAACACAAAUGAUUCCCUGGUCAGCUUCCACCUGUCCAGCAUCAAUGAAAUCAAAAAGGAGUCUUCUAGCUUUAUCUUCAGCUCCAUCACUGUUCUGGAAGGAGACAACGUCAAACACUGGUUCAGUUCUCUCCUGCCCAACCGUAAUGUGGUUUUCACAGUGUUGGAGCAUUUCUGGAGAGAGCAGUUACUGUCACCGCAGGGACCGGAGGCUGUUCCAUCCAAAACAUCUAAAGGGAAAGAGCUUAUUAAGGUUGUCUCAGGGUCAGAGAAGCGCAUGGAGGAAACAGCCAAAGUACUUCAUCAUCAAGGGGAACAGUUUGGGAACAUUAUGAGAGGCAUUAACAAGAUUGAAGGGGAUAUGUCUACCACUGAUAGGAUGUUGUCUAUACUAGAAUCUCCAUCUUGGUGGCCAUUUAGCGGCAAGCCUUGGAGGAGUUCUUCAUGUGAUCAACCCAAGGAAUGUUCUUCAAGCACAAGUUCUCAAAACCAGGGCAAGGAAGGUGUUAUUGUGAUGAUUCCAAUAAUAUUUUCUCAGACAUCAGACUCCAACUUCAAGCCUGGGAAGCUAUCAGUCUUAUUGUCCGCUUUGGAGAUCUUGGACUUAAACUCACAUCUUGUUCAUCGAUAUGAGAGAGGGGACAUUGAUGACAUUAAAGUUAUCACAGGCUAUGAUAUCAGUGUACGACAAAGAUUUAUUGGAAAACCUGAUAUAACAUACAGAAUCCUGUCUGCCAGGUUGCCAGAAGUCAUCCCUAUCUUGGAAAUGCAGUAUAUCAAAAAGAUUGAGUUUCACGAGGAAGCUCUACUGUUCAGUGAGGCAAGAAGAACUUCUCCAGCAGACAAGACUAGUCCUAUUUAUGAAACAGAAUCCUGGUUACUGGAUAGCAUUGUACGAACUGGACCCUUGCCAAACUCAUCGUCUCAGACUAUGAUCCAGGAUCAGGCGGUUUCCGAAUCAGAAGCCCAAGAGCUCAGAAAGAUAUUGAUGAAGCUAAAGGGUCUUGCCUUGGAAGCAGAAAAUGAGCUGGAGAGACAAGAUGAGGAACUGGAUCAGAUCACCUCCUCCACUGAUCGAGCAAUUAUGAGCAUCGACAAACAGAAUCGAAGAAUGCGAAAUCUUCUGUAGCGAUGAAGUGAUUCAUAUUUUCCUUUCUUGCAAAAUCAUGACAGUUCUUUUUAAAUAUAUCUUUUGAAGAAUUCUCACGCCCAGAAUGUUUACAUGAACAGAAAAUGACCACUGAAAGGGACAUGGAAUCCAAAAAAUGUAUUUCACGAUUCAAAUAGAAAAUAACAUUUUAAACAACUUUCCAAUUUACUUCUAUUAUCAAAUUUGCUUUUUUCUCUUGGUAUAAUUUUUUGAAGAUUAAGUUCUAGAGCACAAUGCACUACUGGGAGCUAGCUGACCACAUUGGGUGAGUCAAUGAAAAAAGGCAUAUAUGUGCAACCCCUAUUUACCAUCUAGCUCCCAGCAGUGCAUUACUGUUGCUGAGCUAUCUAGGUAUGCUUUCAACAAAGGAUACCAACAGAACAAAGCUAGUAUGAUAAUAAAGGUAAAUUGGAAACUUAUUUAAAAUUCCAUGCUCUAUCUAAAUCAUGAAAUUUUAAUUUUGUCUGUUUAGGGAAAUGUAAAUUAUUCCACUGUGAUAACUAUUUUUAUGUGUAAAAGUUGUUUGAUUAACUAGUUAAAUGCAAGUUAAAAUUAAACUUCCAUAAUUGGGAUAGAGUGUGCAAUACAAAAAAAACAACCUCUAUCUCUUGGUCUCUUUUGUUGAAACGUAGCUCUUUUCUAUGAGAGCAUACUGAGGUAGGCUCAAUAGUGUGCACGUAUCUUAAAUACUAUAUGUAUAACAUUGUUGCAAAAAAAAAAUUCCUACCUACAGAAAAGCAGUUAAAUAGUUUUGCAUGAAAUUUGAUAAAAAUUAAUAAAUAAAGGUGCCUGGUUUUUGCUUAAAAAAAAAAUUGAGAUUCUUCAAAGGUACCAUUUGUUCCUUAAAUAGUUCCUUAGGAGGAGGAGAUGAUGAUACAAAUCUUUUUGUGUGCAUGCACAGUAGUUCUCUGCAAAACACUACAUUAUAAGCCUGAUUUUUCAUAUUUCAAAUGUUUAUAAUUUUGAAUUGGAAUAACAAAUUUGUGUGAAAUGUUGUUAUAUAUUUUUCUUAGUCACUACAACACAAUUUAAUUUUACUUCUUUUAUCAGAUUUGCUUUGUUCUUUUGGUAUCCUUUCUUGAAAAGCAUACAGCGGUAGGCCCAGGAGCAGCAAAGCAUAACUUGGGAGGAAGCUAGAAUUUGGUGUCUGUGUGUGUGUAUAUAUAUAUAUAUAUAUAUAUAUAUAUUUAUUCCUCUUGUCAUUGGAUCACCCAGUGUGUUCAGCUAGUUUCCAGCAGUUCAUUGCUGCCUAGCUAGGUUUACUCUUCAACAAAGGAUACCAGAAGAACAAAGCUAAUUUGGUAAUAGAAGUAAAUUGGAAAGUUGUUUAAAAUUGCAUGUUUUCAUGUCUCUUUAAGGGCCUAAUAAUAUAAAGCUCUCCACUCAGACGAGAUGGUAUAAGAUGAUCUUCCAGCACUUUGAUAUCUCUAGUGAGAUUCUAAAAAGCCAUCCCCUGCAUUUCUGUAUGUGAAGUAGAGACAAGCCCAGUGCAAUAUAGCACUUAAUGAUAUGAGAGUUCUGCUGCAUUUACACUUUGUAUUUUAUCUUACUUUAGAGUUCAGAUUAAGUUUUAUUAAAUUUAAACUUUGCACUUUCUAUUUUGUAUUUUAUUUUGUAUAACAGCAGUGUAUUUAGGAUUGUAUUUAGGAUUGUGAUUUUACAAAUUCUGAUUAUGCUUUCACAGUUUCUGUGUAACUUUAAUAAUGUAGGCUCAUACUUUGUAUAUUUAUGUGUAUCUUUUACAAAUUACAUUGUGCUUAGUUUUCCAGUUUUAUUUCUUUGGUCCAGAUAAGCAAAGAUUCUCCAGUUUGGAUAUAACUUAUAGUGCAGACUAUAGUGCAGACUUCCCAGGUCUAUAAGAAAAAGGGCAGGACCUGGAAGUCCCAGGCAAAUGAGUGACGCCUUCCUUAGACAGUAAUGAAGCUCCCUGGGAUACAGAAUUUCACAGGGGAAAGAGACCGGAUAUAAAAUCUCAGUUUGCAGCAAAUACAGAUGGAAUUGGCAUGUUUUCAUUACAAUGUUUUUGUCUAUAUUUUAGUAUAUAUUACUUUUCUGUCAGUUAAAUAAGUGUAUUGUGAAUUUUUAGCAAACUUCAUCUGCUUACAGCUGGAAAGAUAAAUCAGUGAGAUCAGCUUGUGUAAAAUGUAAUUUGUAAAAUUAUACACAUAACUAUACCAAGUAUGAUCUUAAUUUAUUAAAGUAACACAGGAACUUUCGAAAUAUAAUCAGAAAUAUGCUGAAUCUAAAUCUACAUGUAUUAAAAUGUGCAAAUCUUAAAUGAAUAAUACUGAAAAGACCCAAUCUUAAAUGUAAAGUAAUAUAAAAUACAAAAAGAGUAACAAAACUUUCAUAUCAUGCAAGACUCUCUUCUAGUUUUGAAAGCUUCAAGCGCUCCCUAAAGACUCUACUGUUUAGAGAUGCAUACAACCUACGCUAACCUUUCUUUAUACCAGUUCCUCUCUUCCAUUGCUAUCCCCUGAACCCCCUUAGCAUGUAAGCCUAAGAGUCCAGAUGUUUGUAGAUCACCUUCUUAAGCGCUGACUACAACAGUGCGACUCUUGGCAGGACCCUCUACCGGUUUGAUCCCUAUAAUUGUUUUGUUGUACUCUGCAUUUGUUUAUAGCACUGCGGAACCUGUUGGCGCUCUACAAAUAACCGAUAAUAAUAAUAAUAAUAAUGCAGUGCUAUAUUGCACUGGGCUUGUCUGUCCUUCACAUAUAUAAACGAGAGAUCUCAUAGUUUUUGGGCGUUCUGCCCUUUUUCUUUUAGAAUUUAGUGAGUUCAGCCCCUGUGAAGUCUGCAUUACAAUUUCUCUCCAAGCAGGCAAAUGUUUUAUCAUCAGGCCCUAAGUCAUUUGAUGUAUUUAAGAAGUCUAUUCCAAUCCAAUAGAAGAGUUAUAAGAAGCAAUGUAUAUGUAUAUUUUGCAUGAUCAAUAGAUGUAUCUAAUUUAAUCUUGACUACUGCAGAAAAAGCCUUUUUCCUAUAGUGUUUUGUACAUUCAUUCACUUUGAGUAUAAUAAUGUCACAGUUACGACAGAGGUGAAAUCUGAGCAGUGAUUUUGGUAUUGGAGCAGAAAAAUGGUAAAAACAGCAGAAAUGAAGUCAAACCCCAUGCACAAAGUAUUUUUGGAAUAUCACUAGUAAGAGGUUUUAAUGGGAUGGUCAUGGUGAGUAUGGCAUUGUGAAGAAAAAGAAUAUAUAUAAUUUUUUAUGGUUAAUGGAAAAUAAUGGCCUAGAAUUUGAAACCCUUUGAAAUCCAAGGAAGCAAUUUGCACAGCUGUCAGUAAAAUACUUCUCUAAUAUAGCAUUCUGGGAAUUUUGUUUAUAAUCAUGGUGUAUGUUAUAUGUUGUUAAUCACUAUACUACAUUGUAAUACAUUAUUUAUCUUAAUUAUAAGGGAAGCUACCACUGUGCAUUAAAAUGUUUACUCCCACCCUUACAAUCUGCUUUCAUGACAUUGUGCCUGAUGAUUUAAAGCUCUCCACUCAGAUGAGUUGAUCUAAAGUGAUCCUACAGCACUGCGAGAUCCCUCACACGAUUAUAAAAAGGCAGAUUUGUUAUACUUCACUAAGAGGCGUUCCAGGCAUUUCUGAAUAUGAAGGAGAGACGCACCCAGUGCAAUAUAGCACUGCAUGACAGAGUUCUUCUGCUUUUACACCUUGUGCUUUGUAUUUAAUAUUACUUUAGAAUGCAGAUUAUGUCCUUUAUGUUUUAUUACAUUUAAGCUUUUCACUUUCUAUUUUGUAUUUUUAAUGCAUUUAGAUUGUGUAUACAGCAGUGUAUUUUGAUAGUUUACAAAUUCUGAUACUUUUACCUUUUUUGUGUAACCUUAACAAAGUAGGAUCAUACUUUGUAUAUUUAUGUGUAUUUUUUACAAAUUGCUUUGCACUUUAUAUUUGUUCUAUGUAAAAUAAAAAAUGAAGUCAAAAUUAAACUUUCAUGAUUCUGAUAUUAAUAUAUAUCUUGCAAUCUCAAACAACUUUCCAAUUUACUUCUAUUAUCUAAGUUGCUUUAUUCUUUUGGUAUCCUUUUUGAAGAACAAACCUAGAAGCAACAAUGCACUACAAGAAGCUAUCUUAAAAUAUUGGGUGAGCCAAUGACAAGAGGCAUAUAUGUGCAAGAACCAAUCACCAUCUAGUUCCCAUAACUUCACUGCUGCUCCUGAGCCUACCUAGGUAUACUUUUCAACAAAGAACAACAAGAGAACUAAGCAAUUUGAUGAUACAAGUAAAUUGGAAAGUUGUUUAAAAUUGCUUGCCCUAUCUGAAUAAUAAUACAUUUCAUUCAACUGUCCCUUUGAAGAUAGAAAUAAUAUAAAAACCUGUUAAGUGUUAUUGACUGUUAGCUUAUUCUAAAUGAGACUAUAGUUACUCCGAUUUAAAAUAUGCUAAUUUUACUUAGUUAUUAUUACAUUUUAAUAAACUUGUUAAAGGUGUAUAAGUAUAAAA